GUUUCCAAGUGGAAAUUUUCUUGCAGGAAAAUUUAUUCCCUUAUUUUCUUGUCCUUUCCCUCGCAUCCAAAAUUUACCGGGAAAAAAAAAAGAAAAAAAGAAAAGAAAAGCAGAACACAACACCUCAUAUUUAUAUCCUGUGAGACAGAUAGGACCUUCAAGCUCCAGCCAAACAGAAACCAAUACUUUUCACGCAAAGAUUCCGGCGAAUUUUCCGAUCACUUCUUCCGCGAUGGAAAGAGAAUGAGGUGCUAUCCAACGUCAUGUCACUCUCAUACUCUGACCGCUUCUCCGACCUUCUCUGCGGUGAGGACUCUAGCAUCUUAUCCGGCGACUUGCCGGAGUGCUCUUCAGACCUCGAAUCUCCGGCUGAUAUUGAGGAAUCAAUAGCUGGAUUUAUUGAAGAUGAAAGGAACUUCGUGCCUGGAUUCGAUUACUUGGCCAGGUUUCGGUCACACUCGCUGGACGCCUCCGCUCGAGAGGAAUCUGUUGCAUGGAUUCUUAAGGUGCAAGCCUACCAUGGUUUCCAACCACUAACGGCGUAUCUCUCCGUCAACUACUUGGACCGUUUCCUCUAUUCUCGCCGUUUGCCGCAGCAAACAAAUGGGUGGCCACUGCAACUCUUAUCUGUUGCUUGCUUGUCAUUAGCUGCAAAGAUGGAGGAACCCCUAGUUCCUUCUCUGUUGGAUCUCCAGGUUGAAGGUGCAAAAUUUAUAUUUGAAUCAAAAACAAUUCGUAGGAUGGAGCUCCUUGUACUUGGUGUUUUGGAUUGGAGACUAAGAUCGAUAACACCUUUCAGUUUCAUCGGGUUCUUUGCAUACAAGCUGGAUUCAAGUGGAAGUGUGAUUGGAUUUCUUAUUUCCAGGGCCACGCAAAUUAUCUUGUCUAACAUCCAAGAGGCGAGUUUCCUGGAGUAUUGGCCGUCAUGCAUAGCUGCAGCAGCCAUACUUUGCGCAGCCCAUGAGAUUCCAAAGUUGUCGCUUGUUGAUCCUGAACGUGCAGAAUCAUGGUGUGAUGGACUGAGCAAAGAGAAAAUCAUCAGUUGCUGUCAGUUAAUGCAAGAAAUCACGGUUGACAAUAACCGGAGGAAGCCUCCAAAACUCCUACCACAGCUUCGAGUAACAAUUCGGGCCACAGUUAGGUCGUCUGGCUCCUCAUCCUCAUCUUCCUCAUCAUCCUAUAAGAGGAGAAAAUUAAAUAACUGCUUAUGGGUAGACGAUGACAAGGGGAACGGCGACUAAGUGGGAAAGAACUAAAGCAAAAGAAAGGGAGGGAAAAUAAAAAACAAAAGAAGUGGUGGACCAAGGUGUCUAGAAUCCUCAAUAUUUUUUUGGAGGGUUUUGAGGAUAAAUUGACUCAAGUGAUGUAGAUCAUCAGUGUAUAUGUAUGUAUGAGAGUUUGGGAGAUUUAUUAAUUUUUUUUGGUGGGAGUUGCCAUUCAUUAAUGGCUUUGCAGAUUCCCAAGGGUGGGGGAUUUGUUACAUAUUUUUUCUUUUUUUAAAUUUUGUGUGAGAAAGUGAGGGAGAGAAGUGUUUAAUAGUGGAGUCAUGGAGCAGGAGUAUGAAAGGAGUGGGGGAUUGAAAGUCCAAGCCAGCAUUGAUUGUUGAAUGAAAGAUUGGGGAUGGUGGGACCAUCCUACAGGAAAAAUCAAUGGGAGUUAUGAAAACAAGGAAUUGAGCUUUGAAGUUUGAGCUGCUCAUGGGAUGUAAGUCAAGCUUCUCAUCUAGCCACCAUCAUUGCUUCAGCAUCUCCUGUUCUUGAUACGUGGAGAAGGCGAAUAAAAAAAAAGGGGAAAGCAGGAAUGGAAAGGGAAUAAUAUGGCUCCAAAAUAGUGUAGACUUUUGAGUGGUAUGUGAGCACAAGCUUAUGAGAGCGUGCCACAUGUGUGUAUGUGUGCUUUUUUGGCGGGAAAUGCCUCUUCUAAUAUGGCCUCCUCAACCUUUAGGCCUAACCAUACUGAACUCUUGGAUGGAGUUCGCGCGUGUGGUGGUCGCACGUGUGUACUCUUCUGUUUUUAAUAUCUCCAAUUUUUUUUUUCUUUUUUGACAGAGAGGAGAAGAAUUCCUCCUUUUGGUGGCCCAAGAGUGAGCUAAUAACACAAAGGUCUUUGGGGCCUUUUAAUGCGUGUUGUUGUAUUUGGAUUCAUCAAUGUAAUGUUUAUAUUAUUAAUCUCGAUAAAUAUAUAUAUUUCUUUCAA